CUACCAACUUCAUUUUCAUAUCUGAUCUUAUUAUAAUAAUUUAUUUAUAUAUAAAUGGAAUCAAAGUCACACCCGAAGCCAUCGCUUGCUUUGUGACUUGCAAUUCCCAAUGGCCUCCGUUUCCAAACUCUCAACGCCAAAUCCAACUCUUUCCUUAUCAGAAUCCCUUCGCCACAGAUCUUCUCCAAAGUGCUUCCUCUCCUUCCAACCUUUCAACGCCAAUUUCAAAACUAACCUCUCUGCAUCGUCCCUCCCAACGCUUCACCCACACCAUUCUAAAACCUCUUUGCGGAUUAGAUGCUCCCAAACAGAUGGGAAUGGAAGCACCGCAAAGAGGACAGUGCUUCAUGAUCUUUAUGAGAAAGAAGGGCAGAGUCCAUGGUAUGAUAAUCUCUGCCGACCGGUCACGGAUCUGCUUCCUCUUAUAGCAAGUGGUGUUAGGGGUGUCACUAGCAACCCUGCGAUCUUUCAGAAAGCUAUCUCCUCCUCGAAUGCUUACAAUGAUCAGUUCAGGGAACUUGUGCAAGCAGGGACAGACAUUGAAAGUGCGUAUUGGGAACUUGUAGUGAAGGAUAUUCAAGAUGCUUGCAAACUAUUUGAACCAAUCUAUGAUCAAACAGAUGGAGGUGAUGGCUAUGUUUCUGUUGAAGUAUCUCCUAGGCUAGCUGAUGACACUGAGGGAACCAUAGAAGCUGCAAAAUGGCUUCACAAAGUGGUUGAUCGCCCCAAUGUGUAUAUUAAGAUUCCAGCUACUGCUGCAUGUGUCCCUUCAAUUAAGGAAGUUAUUGCUAACGGGAUAAGUGUGAAUGUGACUCUGAUAUUCUCUCUUGCAAGAUAUGAAGCUGUAAUUGAUGCUUACUUGGAUGGUCUUGAGGCAUCUGGGUUAAGUGACCUCUCUAGAGUUACAAGUGUUGCCUCUUUCUUUGUCAGUCGAGUGGACACUCUCAUUGACAAGAUCCUCGAGAAAACUGGCACCCCCGAGGCCCUUAAUCUACGUGGGAAGGCAGCAGUAGCACAAGCAGCCCUGGCUUACCAGCUCUACCAAAGGAAAUUCUCUGGUCCAAGGUGGGAAGCUCUAGUUAAAAAAGGGGCCAAGAAGCAAAGGCUCCUCUGGGCCUCGACCAGCGUCAAGAACCCUGCCUAUCCUGACACAUUAUAUGUUGCUCCUCUUAUUGGACCUGACACUGUAUCCACCAUGCCAGACCAAGCCCUUCAAGCAUUUAUUAAUCAUGGUACCGUAUCCAGGACAAUAGACUCAAAUGAAUCGGAAGCUGAAGGAAUAUACAAUGCUCUCCAGAAAUUAGGUGUUGACUGGGGUUUUGUGGGUUCUCAGCUUGAAAUUGAAGGAGUGGAAUCGUUUAAGAAAAGUUUUGACAGCCUCCUGGAUUCCCUGCAAGAGAAGGCAAACUCUCUUAAGUUGGUCAGCCACUGAAGUGUGAUCGUUAUGAUUAGUAAUGUUAUGUAUGACGCCGUUUAUGGAUUAAUAAAAGGCAGUGGCUGUGCGUUGUGUGCUACUGUAAAUGUGCUUCUUGGAAUCAUUUAGGCGACAGUGAUACAGUAUGAAUUGGAAAUUGCCCGCUCCUCGUAAAGCGCUUUAUUUCUUUCCCUGUAUACAGUGGCAGAGCGGUUCUGUUCGGUUGUGUUUGUGAUGUUAUUUAUGUUUUAAGUUCGUCAGCACUACAGUUUGUUCUGUUGUGUUUGUUUUAUUAUCGAUACGCAACAAAUGUAUGUUUAGCUAAUAAAUUGAGGAUAGCGUCUGUUCAACAGGUCCCUUCCCUUAUCCUAUGAAGUCAUUAGGAAGAUGAAAGUUUUAGACUGUAGACUCUAAACACAGCCAAAAGGACAAGGUUAUGGAAAAUUCGGAGUUGGGAAUGUAACAUAUAGAUGUUAACCGUGUUUCGUUCUGUCAAUUGCAUAUAACUCCAAUUGUGGUUGUGUUUCGGUUGUGUCUUCAUAGAGGAAUUGCG